AUGUCACAAAUUAAAGCAACGAAAAAGAUAUUCCCGAUCUCCACAUUUAUCUCAGACCUACCAGCCGACACAAUCCUCCAACCCCUCUCAUCCACCCCCGAAAAUGGCUCUGCCAGUGGGCGCUUGGUCAUCGUGGGCGAUGUACAUGGGAUGAGAAAGUCUUUGGAGUCACUUCUGGACAAAGUCGGCUUCAAUAAGAAUAAUGAAGACCAUCUUGUGCUGGUCGGUGAUCUCGUCAGCAAAGGACCUGAUAGCCCAGGAGUUGUCGAUAUAGCGAUGAAGCUAGGCGCGAGUGCAGUGAGAGGCAACCACGAAAAUGCGGUUCUAAAUGCAGCCGCGGAAAUCAAUGCACAAAAGGAUCAGUCACCGCAAACUACGGAGAUGACUGGCGAUCUGGGUGUGCCCGAAAAUGCUGAUACCAUGUUGCCUGAGGAUGCAUUCGACAAACCCGAGGUCCCCGACAAACCCACAUCGGGCCUGUCAUCUCAAAUAACGGCAUCAUUACUCUCGACCUUCCACCUCGACUGGCUUGCCUCACUACCUUUGAUAUUACGCAUCAAACUCCCUCCAACCUUGUCCACAUCCUUGGGGGACAGUCUUAUUGUCGUACAUGCAGGGCUCGUUCCCGGUGUCCCACUUGAAGAGCAGGACCCAUCCACCAUAAUUCAUAUGCGGAGCUUCACCCGUCAGUCGAAUGAUGACGAUAAACUUGUUCCAGAUGAGGCCUUCGGAAACGAAGGCUGGAUCAUGGAAUGGGAUCGAUGGCAAGACAAGUCAGUAUCCAAGACUACUGUAGUUUUCGGCCAUGAUGCAAAGCGUCGUUUGCAGCGUGGCAGGUAUGCGAUCGGGCUGGACUCGGCGUGUUUGUACGGGAACCAGUUGAGUGCACUUGUUAUUUCAUCCGCCAGCGGAAAAAUUGAACACCAGGUUGUUCAAGUCGAUUGUGCAGAUGUACCGGUAAUGCCUAAGGUACCAGUGGAAAAAGGCGACAAGACAGUAGCUGUAUAG